AUACGCUUAUGUUAAUACGUAACACGUCACGUUUAAUUGAUAAAUUUAACCGCUUUUAAUCUUCCUUCUUCUUCUUAUCUACUUGCUAUCGACACGUACGAAAACACGUUUUGGUUCGUGCAGAAAUCUUCUAAAGAUCACGAUGUCAUGAAUAAGGCAAAAGUGAUAUAAAAGUCAUGGUUUUUAAAAUUAUUAUUGGUUCUUUCUGCUUGCUCCGUUAGCAAAAAAAAAAGUGAGAUGAAGUGUUACGUCUGCGCGAUUUUGCUGCUCAUGUGCGGUCUAGUUCACUUUGCUUUGCAAAGUUCAAUACAAGUAUCAGGUCAUUGCCAAUUUGGAUCUCAGAUUUUUCCUGUAGGCCGACAUUCAGUUUUUCCGUGUAUGGAAAUAAUUUGUCAUAUGGAUGGUCAAGUAUCUCUGUUCAAAUGCCCUACAUUAAAGUGUGAAGUACCAGCCGUCAAUAGAGUUGUUGGUUAUACAGACAUGAAUUUGAACCUAAUAUUUCCAGAAUGUUGUCCAAAACCUGUUUGUCAGUUAGAUCAAGAACUUUAUAAACAGAUUGCCGAAGAUCAAUUCCACAAGUUACAGAAGUAAUACUCGCAUAAUGCGAAAAUGUAUUCUUAACUUGGAAAUAUUGUUACAAAUUAAUAUUAAUUAAUAAAAUUAUUAUUAUUGUUUCCCAUUGUUGUAUCACUUGUCCAUUAUUUUUUUAAAUUGGAUAAAGAAUUACGCUUUAUUUCACGAAUAAAAUUAAUUCUCACUAAUGCUCAAAAUUUAAAAAAA